AUGUCCUCUCUCUUUGGGAAAGAGAUCUUUUUCUUUUGGAAUGGGAUUGGAGAAGAGUUUAUAUUAUAUUAUAUUAUCUAUCUAUCUAUCUAUCUAUCUAUCUAUCUAUCUAUCUAUCUAUCUAUCUAUCUAUGUUUGUUCCUGUCUAUCUAUUUAUCUAUCUAUCUAUUUAUAGAUAUUAAAAAAAUAUAUCUGUCUAUCUCAAUCGGUUCAUGUCCGUCUAUCUAUCUAUCUAUCUAUCUAUCUAUCUAUCUAUCUAUCUAUCUACAUUCUCCGCCGCGACAUCGUUUUUUGUUGGUCCUAAAGAAAGGUACACGUGCUUUCACGGUGAAGUUUUACUCGUGUAUUGAGUCCACGUCCACUUGUCUAUUUAGUCUGAUCAGUUUGGCACAUGGACCGACCACUUGCGGACGGCGAGGUGAUACAGGAGAGUCUCGUGAAAUAUCCAGUAAGCUUUGGCCGGCAGCUGAGACGGUCGACGGCCAGCUGAAGUUGUAUUGGAACGGUUGA